ACCGCCCGGGUAGUAGGGAGAGGAAGGUGCUGUCAUGGAAGACGGUGCAACGCCCGGGACGACCCAGGGAGUCAUAGAAAACCAAGGAGUUCUGUCGGCGGCAGGUUGGGGAGGAGCCCUGGUGGAGCUCACCCCGACCCCCGGCGGCCUGGCCCUGGUGAGCCCCUACCACACCCACCGGGUCGGAGACCCCUUAGACCUCGUGGCGCUCGCAGAGCAGGUGCAGAAGGCUAAUGAAUUUGUCAGAGCAAAUGCCACCAACAAGCUGACAGUCAUAGCUGAGCAAAUCGAACAUUUGCAAGAACAAGCUAGGAAGGUAUUGGAGGAUGCUCGCAGAGAUGCUGACUUGCACCAUGUAGCUUGUAAUAUAGUGAAAAAACCUGGCAACAUUUACUACCUUUAUAAACGGGAGAGUGGUCAGCGGUAUUUUUCCAUUAUUUCUCCAAAGGAAUGGGGGACAGGUUGUCCACAUGACUUCCUUGGUGCCUACAAGCUACAGCAUGACUUGUCCUGGACUCCGUAUGAGGACGCUGAGAAGCAGGAUGCUAAAAUCAGCAUCGUGAACAAGUUGCUAAGCCAGCCAGUGGCUCUGCCUUCAAGCACUGAACCCAGCUUCCAGGGCUUCACUUCCACUGAGAGUGGACUCUGACAAAGGCUGUCAUGGCUAGGACCUGUCACCUCCUUGUUGCCCCAAUCUCUGCCCUGAUGGGAGGUGGCACGAGAGUCGAGGGCAUGUAGGUAAAUCAUGAACUUCUUUGAAGGUG